GAAUUAAGUUCUUCAACAUUCUCAACAUUGCAUCCAUCAUCAGAUGCAACACAGGAAUUAAGUUCUUCAACAUUAACAUCAGUCCAGCCAUCGUCACAUGCAGCAGUGAAAUUAACUUCUUCAACAUUCUCAUCUUUGCAGCAAUCAUCAGAUGCAGCAGUGAAAUUAAGUUCUUCAACAUUCUCAUCAUUGCAGCCAUCAUCAGAUGCAACACUGGAAUUAAGUUCUGGAACAAUCACAUCAUUGCAGCCAUCAUCACUUGCAGCAGUGAAAUUAAGUUCUUCAACAUUCUCAUCUUUGCUGCAAACAGCAGAUGCAACACUGGAAUUAAGUUCUGGAACAUUCUCAUCAUUGUUGCUAUCAUCAGAUGCACAAGUUAAAUCAAAUCCUUCAACAAUCUCAUCAUUGCAGCCAUCAUCACAUGCAGCAGUGAAAUUAAGUUCUUCAACUUUCUCAUCUUUGCUGCAAACAGCAGAUACAACAGUGAAAUUAAGUUAUUCAACAUUCUCAACAUUGCAGCCAUCAUCAGAUGCAGCAGUGAAAUUAAGUUCUUCAACAUUCUCAACAUUUCUGUCAUCAUCAGAUUCAACAGUGAAAUUAAGUUCUUCAACAUUCUCAUCUUUGCUGCAAACAGCAGAUGCAACACUGGAAUUAAGUUCUACAACAUUCUCAACAUUGCAGCCGUCAUCAGAUGCAACACUGGAAUUAAGUUCUGGAACAUUCACAUCAUUGCAGCCAUCAUCACAUGCAGCAGUGAAAUUAAGUUCUUCAUCAUUCUCAUUUUUGCUGCAAACAGCAGAUGCAACAGUGAAAUUAAGUUCUUCCACAUUCUCUUCUUUGCCGCUAACAGCAGAUGCAACGCUGAAAUUAACUUCAGAAACAUUCUCCUCAUUGCCGUCAUCAUCAGAUUUAGAUGUUAACUUAUUUACGACAUUGUCGGGAUCAUUAGAUCCAGAAGUGAAAUUAAUUGCUUUAAUAUCGUCAUCAUUGUUGCAACUUUCAGAAGUGGAAUUGACUUCAUCAAAAUCACCGGCAUUAUUCAAGGAAGAUUUUAUAUCGAAUACAUAUUCAUCAUCUUUCGAAUACGAAUUGUCAGCACACCCAGAGUCAUCAAUCUUUGAUACACCAUCCUCGUAUGAUAAUAGAGUUAUAUCAUCAGAAAGUUCAAUGCCAACAACAGAAAAGCCAUGCACUGAAGUGAUAUUAACGGGAAGUCAUUUGCCGAAAAAACUAUCCUCCUCAUUGAGUGGGACAUAUUUAUCAGAUUCGUUGUCAUAUACUUCAAGCGGGUUGAGGGAGAACGCUUCACAUAUUUCAUCGUCUUCAACAAUUCCUCUAGUAUCAUCGAUGCCUGUGACUGAAAUGCAUUUCAUCUCAAGUUAUUCUGUUUCUCUUUUUCCAACAACAAUUUCAAAACAGCUACAAAAACCACGUACCGAACGAAUUACAUCACGCUCAUUGGAUAUCUCAGAGACAAUUAAUGGGACAGGUUUUAAAUCAGACUUAGAAUCAAAAAUAUUUAGAGUGUCAUCUUUUAUAACAAACCCGAACGAAAUGCCUUCGUCGCUUCAUUUAUUUGGAACUGUUCAGAAUCAAACUGAAGAUUUAUUUAACUCGGAAACACCAACAUCCAUUCGAUCAUCGUCUUUAUCGACAAGACUUAAACCAUCACUAUCUAAAUUAGAUACUGAAACCGUUGAAGUCUCUUCAACUUAUAACUUUGAAACUUUCUCUUUAUCAACAACGCCAAACCAAUAUUUCACAAAAGAACCUUCGUCAACAGUUUCAGAAGAAACAGAUGAUCCACAAAUAACAACAGAUACUCUGGUUUCUAUGACAAGAAAAGAUGAACGGACAUUCAAAUCAGAUUUAUCGUAUACAUCAUUAGUGUUAUUGUCUUCUAAAGUAUCUGAAACAAGUUCUUCAAUAUAUACUUCGUCAAGCUUAACAUCUGAAAUAACGUCUGCAUUAUCACAAGGAAUGAAUAGUUUAACGUCAACUCCAUCAUUGAUUGUACAUACGGAAGAUUUGCACCUACCAGAUUCUAGGGUUCAAAUAGGAAUAUCACCUUCUAAGACAGUUGAAAUAGAUAUAGAAGAUCAAAUGUCAAAACAAUCAAUCAUACCUUCAAGCAGAACAUUGUCAUCCCACAGAUUUCAAGAGACAACUCCUUUGCCGUCCUUGAGAUAUCAGUUAUCCGUCAGCGUGACAUCAGAGUUAACUUUAACCUCAUCUUCUGUUGGAAAUGAAGAUUCAUUUUCUUCUACGAAAAGUAAAGAUGUCUUACAGGUGUCAUUAUCAACACGUGAUCAAUUAUUGGCGACAACUUCUACUGCAUCAUCGUCUAUAUUGCCAUUAACAGUGAUAGAAACAUCCACUAGUAUAUUACCAAGAAAUAUUGACAAGGAUUUGCUUUUAACCGUUGGUAUAAUUGUGAAGACUUCGGUCAACAUUGACAGUCACGCAGUUAACAUUCAAAUUAAAGAAGGUCUUAAAAGAUGCUUCAUCGAAGGUGGCCUCAAAGCUGACAAAGAUAGUUACAGAAAGAAAAGAGCCAAUGCUGAUGCUAACGUAACAGUUGAGAUUUUUGGUAUGGAACGAAAGGAAUCUGAACCUUCUCACGUUGAUGUGGAUUUCUAUGUACUUGUGGAUGGAAUUAUUCAAUCCCCGGCUGAAAUUGUAGUCAUAUUUUCUAGACUCACAAUAGCUGAAACUAGUGCUUAUAUGACAUUUCCGGUAAUUUCGUCAGUUAAACUCUUGUCUAGAAAUGUGUUACAAACCCCCACCGAUGUCGCCGCUGACUCAAAUAUUUCACUGGUUACCAUUUUUCUUAUCGGUGCUCCAACAAUAUGUGCUUUUAUCGCAACUGUAUUACUGAUAAGUGUAUAUUGUCGCAAGGGGGACAACUCGUUUAGAAAAAAUUGGUCUUCAUUACAUGACGCGGAUCUUAAAGUUGACAUAGAGAAAGGCGAAGUUGUGUCAGCUUCUGUUAGCAGAAAUAAAAACAUUCCCGACUUUAGUUUUGACAAUGGUAAAGAUUUCGGCUCAGAUUGGACACACAUCAAACCAUUUCUUCACAGCAGAAAAGAAUUUCAGAAGAAAGAACAAUCUUUUAAACGAUCUCUGUCGGAUAUGUUUUCAACGUCAAAACGAUUGGAUCGGCUGCGUAACCUCGGCUUCCAUGUAUCAGAAGUCAGAAAACCUGACCAGCCUCAGUCAAAAGAAAUAAGAGAAGUAACACCAAAUGCUACACAUGAAUUAAAAAUAUCUAGAGAAGAAUAUCUUGUUGAUGCAAUUGAUGCAUUAAAUGUUAUAAAUGAUUUAGAUAAAGCAACUGACAGCAGUCGUGUUACAUGUUCAGUAGAACCGUUACGCGAGGUAAUCGAACAACGCGGGUAUAAUGACCUAACAAAUGAAUCAGAUAGAAGAACUCGUAGUGUGGCGUUUCAACCGAAAGUUAGGAAUAGCAGUUCAAGUACCGCUGAAUUUUAUCCCAAUAUAAGACCACCUAGUAAUGACUCUCUUGUGGACAUUAGCACAGCUAUUGAGAGGCUUAGUUUAUCAAUCAAGUGAUUCCCUACAGUGACAAGAACAUUCAAAACAAAACACUCCUCAACAUCUAAGAAAAUAUUUUCAAACAAAGAGGAAAAAACUGAAACGCCGCAAGAAAGUAAAACCUGA